AUGAUGAUGAUGGAAAAUGAGCUCAAAGCCGCACCUGGAACGGUGACAGCAGUAACGACAGCGGCAACCAGUGCUUCUGCAGCUGCAGCCCUUCAAGAUGCAUUCUCACUCUACAGUGCCAUGCCGCCGGGUUUUUCUAUGCCACUAACAUCAACGUCAUCUAUUCCGACCGUUGAAGAAUGCUGUGUUCCUAACUCACCUGGAUCACUUUGUCUAAAGGAAAAAAAAGGAAGAACAAUGUAUUUUUGCUAA